AUGCAAAUUCCCGGCGACGAUCUCGCUAGAGCGCUCAAGCUGUUGGCAGAUGUCCCCCUGAUAGAUGGGCAUAACGACUUCCCCUACUUUCUUCGUGGAUGGUACCCGGAUCAAGUGAACACGGUGGAUUGUCAGCACAUGCCCAUUGCUCAUACAGAUCUGGAACGACUGAGCCAAGGUCGGGUUGGUGGAGUAUUUUGGAGCGCCUACGUCCCUUGCCCAGAUGCCAAUGCCAGUAACGAUUUCUCAGUUGAUGUUCAUUACCAGUGUUUGAGAGAAACUCUGCAACAAAUUGAUAUAAUCCAUGGACUUAUCGAGCGAUAUCCCAAGAAUCUUGGUCUUGCAACAACAUCGGCUGAGGUUUGGAAUGCCUUCAGAUCGGGCCGAGUGGCAAGCUUGAUUGGCGUCGAAGGGUUGCACCAAAUCGCCAACAGCCCCGGGAUAAUGAGAAAUUUCCACCGGUUGGGGGACAUCCUGGGCAAGCUUCGACGAGCGAAACUGCUGACCGAGGUGCUGACAGAAUUCUACCGGGCCUUUUCACGAAGGCUUAUCGGCCGAUGGAAUCUCCAUGGUGAAAGAGAUGAACCGAGUCGGAAUGAUCGUGGAUUUGUCCCAUACGUCCAUCGCUACCCAGAAACACGUUUUGGCUAUCUCAAAGGCUCCCGUCAUAUUUUCCCACUCAUCUUGGUAGGGAACCCUGAUCCCUCUUCGGUGACCGAGCAUCCGCGUAAUAGCCCGGAUGAUGUUUUGGACAUGCUGCAGCGUAACGGUGGGGUCUUCAUGAUUACGUUCAUACGAAAGUCUACGGAUUCUAUCAAUCCAUGUCUGGAGAGGGUGGCUGACCACGUCCAACAUGCCGGUGACCGGAUUGGGUAUGACCAUGUCGGGAUCGGGUCCGACUUCGACGGUGUGAUGCAGACAGCCUCGGGUUUGGAUGAUGUUUCGAAGUUUCCCCUUCUGAUUGCUGAACUUUUGAAGCGAGGGGUUUCGGAGCAAUCCAUAAAAAAUAUGAUUGGGCUGAAUGUGUUGCGUGUCAUGGAUGCUGUUGAGCAAGUCUCAACAGCAAUGAAGGAAGCAGGUGAAGAGGUGCUA